AUGAUGCCACACUCCAUCCUCUACCAGAAUGCAGAAAAAACAAUCCUCUUGAUUGACAUCCCGACGUCAAUCGCAUGCGCACAGGAACUUUCGCCGGUGCAGUUGGGAGCCACACUGUGCAAUUCCCACCCUACGGAGGCAGGGAUAGAUUAUCACAGAAAACGUCAUCUCUUAUCUUCAAGCCCUCUGGAGAAGCCGUACGCAGUAUCCACAGAGCCCAAAUCGGAUGCUGCGAGGGCUAGAGUCCUCAGUAGACUUCCGGUCUCUGAACGGGCCUACCAGACCGAAAUCAUUGAGCCUCUGGUUCGGGGGGCAUUGCAGGAGAUUAGCCGCGCCCACUUGGACUCUGCAGAAUGGUGCCUCGAGAGAAAGGUCCUAGAGCAAGAGACGCAGCUGAAGAGGAAACGAGACGAAACUAGGAGCAGAAACUCACCGUGCGAGGAUGGGUGCUCGGCGGAUGAUGCGCUUGGUGUAUCUGCCCCUAAUAGCCCGUCGAUUAUCCUAUCGCCGGGAUUGAACAUGUUCGAAUCCUUGCCGGAAAUUUGCAACGUGCUGGUUAGGAAUACGUCUUUGGCGCAAGCCGUGCUAGAUGUCCGGUGCAAGGCGGAGCACGAGCCCGAGCACCGUGAGCAAACGACCACGCAUCGGCAUGUCUUCUUCGUGCCGCCAUUCUCUACUUUCUUGCUAUGCGAGCUGCCGCUAUCGGCAGAGGAUGAGGCGAGUCAGGGCCCUAUCCCGGGGUUAUCUCUGGACCGCAAAUUCAACUUAAUCCUUCUCGACCCGCCCUGGUCGAACCGCUCCGCUCGGCGCAGCGGGCACUAUCAGACACAGUCCUAUUCUGAUAUAGGCCUGCUGUCUAAGCGCAUACGGGAUAUUCUGAAGGCCCAUCUGUCGGACGACUCCCAGUGUGUAUCCAUUGCAGCAAUCUGGAUAACUAACGCGGCAAAGGCACGCAGAGCUGCAUACGAUGCCAUUAAGGGAGCGGGGUUGUCCGUGUACGAGGAAUGGAUGUGGAUCAAGACGACGACGAAGGGCGAGCCCAUUACGCCGCUGGACGGACUAUGGCGGAAGCCGUACGAGAUCCUUGUCAUUGGAAGGAGGAUAAAUCGUUGGCCAUCUGAUGCGGCUGAUGCUAUUACACGGAGGGUCAUCGCAGGCGUCCCGGAUGUGCAUUCUCGAAAACCAAAUCUCAAGGAGGUUUUUGAGCAGGUAUUCUUCUCGAGGACAGGAUCUGGCGCGAAGACGGGCCAUACUUGUAUGGCGUAUUCUGCAUUGGAAGUAUUCGCGCGUAAUUUGACUGCUGGCUGGUGGGCCUGUGGGAAUGAAACUUUGAAGUUCAAUUCAGAAGACUGGUGGGUUGAGGCCUAA